AUGCAGUUCCUGUUAGCGUUAGUGUCGGCUGUGGCGUUACUGGCUUUGCCUACGUUGGCCUCUAGUGCGGCUAGGGAUCCCAAAGCGAAGGGCGAGCCUCUUUUUCCAAAGGGGCACCCCAACGUUACGUACUUAACCGACAUGAAUUGGGAUCAGUAUAUGAACAAGACGGAUAAGCCAUGGAUUGUCGACUUUUAUCACCCCUUUUGUCCACAUUGCAAACAGUUUGCACCUGUAUUUAUGGAGGCUGCAGCUUAUUACAAGGAAAAGGGAACCAUUUACGUGGGUGCAGUGAGUUGCAUGGACCAAGUAAAGUGUCGUCGCGUGGAAGUGACGGGUUUUCCGACGCUCAUGGCACUUAAUUUUGACAAAUUGAACCCUAAAAUGGAGAACAAGAGGGUCGUUGGUACUCAUACGCUGCAGGAGGUUAAGGAAUUUGUGAAAGACGUGCAUGCUGAAGUAGUUUUUAAUACGACGGGAAGUUGGCCAUCGGGUUAUACACCUCCAAAGCUGGUGGAAGCUGCUGCGGGAAAAAAUACGACAUUGAAGGAGAAGGAAGCUCUGAACAGUACAGACACACCGGAGCCAGCGAUCUGGGAAGAGUCAACGCUCCCGAUGAAUAAGACCACACGUAUCCAGGAUGCUGCAUCGGCCUUUGUCUUCGGACUGAAGCAGGGUGCAUUCAUGGCUAGUGAUGUGAUGAAGGAUGAGGAGUUUUACGCUCUAAAGGGUUGGCUAAAAGUAGUGUCGAAGACUUUUCCUGGUGCGAUUAACCGUAAAGUAAUCGCGCCGUUGUAUGAGAAAGUGAUGGACAAGGAGCUGUUGGACUUUGACACGUGGGAUGCAAUUGUAAAGACAUGGCAGAAAGGGUCUGUUGCUGCAUUUAAAGCUGAGGCGGAUCGGUUAGAUCUUACGGGAGCUAACAUUCCCGAGUGGCAGAGGCUGGACGACUUGUUUAUUGGGCAAGGAGCAACGUAUCGUGCAUGUGCGCUUUACACGUGCGGCCAAUGGAACAUGUUUCACAUGCUAACAUUAAACCCGCCUGAGACAGGAGCACAAAACGACGAACUCAUGGUGUCAGUGGCGGCAUCGAUCCGUCGUUUCAUGAAGUACUUUUUUGGCUGUGCCGAUUGCCGCGAGCAUUUUCUGAAGGAGAACACUGUGGAGGCUGUGAAGAAGAUUAAAGACGCUGAGAACAAGCCGUUGGCGUUGCGUCGCUGGCUAUGGGAGCAGCACAACUCUGUCAACAAACGUCUUCACCACCCUAUUUGGCCGAAGCCCGAUAUGUGCCCGACCUGCGGCACUGAAGGUGCUUGGGAAAUGCUGGAAGUAGACAAGUGGCUGAGCAAGACUUUUGGUUAUCGUGACGUAGUUGUUCCUGUGGUGCAAGGUGCAGAUACUACCCCUGUGGCGUUACCGGUAUCCCUGCGUCGUGAAGAUAAGAAAGAGAUAGAGGCUCCUUCGGCUACUCAGAAAGCUGAGAUGGAGGCCAAGGCGGCCAAGGCGACCGAGAAUACUGCUGCCGCAAAAGAUUCGAAGUCUGAUGGAAAGGCGGCCAAGGGGAUCAAGGAUACGGCUGCCGCAGAAGAGUCGAAGUCGGAGGCAAAGGUGGCCAAGGCGACCAAGGAUACGGCUGCCGCAGACAAGUCGAAGUCAGAUGCAAAGGCGGCCAAGGAGAUCAAGGAUACGGCUGCCGCAGAAGAGUCAGCGUCGAAGACAAAGGAGCCCAUCGCACUGGAGCCUAAGGGUGGCUAUGACUAUCGUCCCAAGGAUGCAGAGCUUGGCAUUAAGAAUGCAGCUAACAUAAAGGAGCUUGUUGUGAACACGAAGACUGAGCUCGAGGACGGUUUGCGAAGCGUCACAGCUCCCCGCGUUACAAUAUUUGCGUGGUACAUUCUUCCUGUCGCCGCUGUGGGAGGCUACUUGCUCUUUGUGCGCUACCGUGCCACGAAGCAGAAGGCAUACCGCAAGGUCCCGCGUAAGUGA